AUGUCUAAAAGAAAAAACGAGUUUUCAUCUGAAUCUUACAACAAAGGAAAAGAAAACAUUUCUAACGGUGUUUCAGCCAUCUUAAAUACGAAUGCAUCUACAAAUAUUUCAACUGGUAAUACAAUUGUUCGUAGAGGUAGAAGGCCAUUAUCGACAAUUACUAACGUUGUCGUUCCCACUGUAACACAAGAUCAGGCAAGACAUAGUCGGAAAAUUAGGAAAGUAUUAUUGGAUAACAAAAGAUCUAAAUUACAUGGAUGUCCAUCAAAUGUUGACCAUACAAUGGUCAUAACAACUGAUUCGAUACCAACUCCUUCUAUUCCGACCGUUACACAACAAUUAUCUGUUAUAUCUGAAGAUAACAGCCGUUUAAGGGAAGUAAAUUUGGAGAAUACAAGAUCUCCUCUGAGAAAUAGUAUAUCAUAUUCCAAUAGGAAUAUACUUAGCUCUCCUGAUCUAGAAGCAACUCCAAAUGUCAUUCCUAAUCGAACUGGAUCAUUCAUGGCAACAAGUAAUUUAAGUUGUCUUACGAAUAAUGGUACUCAACCAGCAGACGCUACUCCCAGUCAUAUUGUGUUUAACAUUACGUCAUUUAGUGGCACCUCCGGUAUUCUUCAAAAUUCUUCUUUUGAAAGGUUGUCAUCCGGUAAAUAUUAUUUGGACCAUGGUGACCAAUGCGUUACUUGUGAAGUAUGUAAUGCAAAGUUGCGGAAUGCAGAAAAAGGAAAAGGAAGAAAAAAGGAUGGAAAAGUUUGUUAUUUCAUUUGUUGUUCUUAUGGCAUAGUAGAGCUUCCAGAUUACAAAGAUGCCAGAGGAAGUUAUCGAAUCCUGUUUACUAACAAUGGUGAUGAAAGCAAGCAUUUUUUGAAAAAUAUUCGCCGUUACAAUUCAAUGUUCGCAUUUACUUCAAUGGGUGGUAAGGUUGAUUCGACGGUUAACAGAGAUGGUGCAUCUUCUUCUUUUUCGGCAAAUGUUGAUCGUAAACUAAUCGAACAUAUAAAGGAUGUACUAGACAAUGACAAUGAGUUGGUCAAAACUUAUAGAAGAGUUAGGGAUUCCUUCCCAGACAAUCCUAAUGUAAAUAUGAAGCUUCGAAUAAUUGGAACAAGAGAAAAAGAUGGUCGCACGUAUAACUUACCAACGGCUGGUGAGAUUGCUGCUCUCAUUGUUGGUGAUAUCGAAAAUGUCGUUGACAAUAGAGAUAUUGUAGUUGAGACUCAAACAGGUGAACUAAAAAGAAUUAGUGAGUUGCAUCCAUCAUAUCUCGCACUACAAUAUCCGAUUUUGUUUCCGUACGGAGAUGAUGGCUACAUAAUUGAUAUCCCUCAUAGAGGUGUUGUUGAUGUUGUUAAUAAAACACGUCCAAAGUGUACUAUGAGAGAGUUCUUUGCCUAUCGUAUCCAGGAUCGUAUAAAUCAGUUUUCAUUAAUCCUUAAUUCUAAGAGGCUAUUCCAGCAGUUCUUGGUUGACGCGUAUACUAUGAUAGAGAGCGAGAGACUUAGGUACAUACGAUAUCAACAAAAAGAUCUUAGGUCCGACACAUAUGAAAGCCUCCGUAAAUUACGAAGUAAAGGUCAAGAUGAUAUAUCUAAAGCUGGAAAACAUUAUUUUAUAACCAUAACAUGCAAUCCAAAAUGGCCAGAAGUUCAACGGUUUCUCAAAGACACCAAUCUUAGUCCGGAAGAUAGGCCUGAUAUCCUGUCUAGAUUGUUCAAAAUAAAACUCGAUUCAAUCUGCAAAGAUUUAAAAAAGAAUCAUCUAUUAAGCAAAGCUUCAGCAGUUGUUUACACUAUCGAGUUCCAAAAACGUGGUUUGCCUCAUGCCCAUUUAUGCUUAUUCAUGGAACCUGAAUUCAAAUUACCUACUGUGGACCAUGUUGAUUCAUUUAUAUCUGCAGAAAUUCCAAACAGAGAUGAAGAUCCAGAAUUAUUCAUCCUGGUCAAAGAGUAUAUGAUACAUGGUCCAUGUGGUAAUGCUAGGUUGAGCUCUCCAUGUAUGGUAGAUAUGAAGUAUUCAAAAGGCUUUCCAAAAAAGUUUCAAAAUCACAAAACACUAGAUUCAAAUGGGUUUCCAUUAUACAGAAGGAGAAACAAUGGUGCUUCUGUUGUGAAAAAUAAAAUUGAGCUUGAUAACAGGAGUGUGGUUCCUUACAACAAAAAAAUAUUGAAAAGAUAUCAAGCUCAUAUCAACGUUGAAUGGUGCAAUCAAGCCGCGUCUAUAAAAUAUCUUUUUAAAUACAUCAAUAAAGGUCCUGAUAGAGCCACUAUAGCUGUUGUGCAUGGUGAUAAUCAACCGGAAGAGCAACCACAAGACGAGAUCAAAGAUUAUAACGAUUGCCGCUAUAUAUCAGCUUGCGAAGCAUCUUGGAGGAUAUUUGCUAACGAAGUACAUUAUAGAACACCUUCUGUUAUGAGGCUUCCAUUCCAUUUACCUGGCCAACAACCUGUUGUUUUCGGCCCUGACGAGGAUAUUAACUCUGUUCUAAACAAACCGUCAGUUAAAUCUUCAAUGUUUCUAUCAUGGAUGGAACGUAAUAAAGACCCAAAUGACCUGUUGGCACGUACACUUACAUACGUUCAGUUCCCUAUUUUUUAUGUAUGGAAGCUUGACAAGCGAGUAUGGGAACCAAGAAAAGGGAAAAAAUCAAUUGGCAGGAUUCAUUCCGUAUCUCCAUCUUUAGGUGAAGCGUAUUUCUUGAGAAUUCUUCUUAACAAGGUUAGAGGAACAACAUCGUUUGAUGACAUUAAAACAGUUAAUGGUAAAGUUUACGAUACAUACAGAGAUGCUUGCUACGCACAUGGUCUUUUAGAUGAUGAUUCAGAAUAUGUAGAGGCAAUAAAAGAAGCAAAUUUAACUGGAAGCGCUUCAUACAUUCGGAAUUUAUUUUCUACGAUGUUGUUAUCCAGUAGUCUUUCUAGACCUGAGGUUGUUUGGGAAAGUUCGUGGAGAUACAUGGCGGACGAUUUUGUUUACAGAUUAGCAAAAUACCAUCGAGUUACAACGUUAUCAAUUCCGGAUCACCAACUGAAGAACUAUGUCUUGGUUGAUAUUGAAAAGUUUUUAUUGCGAAAUAAUUCUUCUUUGCGAAGAUUUGAAUCAAUGCCAUAUCUAGAUAUGUCGUCUUCAGAGAUUAUGGCAGCAGUAAACAGUGAUAACGGUCAGAUUUUUUUCCUUUAUGGGUAUGGCGGAACAGAUGGUGGCAGGACUGCACAUUCCAGGUUUAGCAUACCGUUGAAUCUUACUGAAGAUUCGGUAUGUAAUAUAAAACCAGAAAGUGAUCUGUCUAAAUUACUUCAUGAGACUAAAUUGAUAAUUUGGGAUGAAGCACCUAUGGUUCACAAACAUGCAUUUGAAGCGCUCGAUAGAACAAUGAAUGACGUUUUCAACAUUGACACAUCUCUCAAUUCUGAAAUCCGAUUUGGAGGUAAGGUUAUUGUUUUUGGAGGAGAUUUUAGACAAAUAUUACCUGUUGUUCCAAAUGGUGGCAGACAAGAGAUUGUUAAUGCCUCCUUAUGUUCGUCUUAUUUGUGGAGUAAAUGUAAAUUGCUAAGACUAACUAGAAACAUGAGGUUAACGGUUGGAAGAUCUACGGCUGAUGUUGAUGAAAUAAAUAGUUUUGGCAAAUGGCUUUUGGAUUUGGGUGAGGGUAACGUUGGUGGUCCAAAUGAUGGAGAAGCAACUAUUGAAAUACCACAAGAUCUUUUGAUUACUGAUCCAGCUGAUCCAAUUGGAAGUUUAAUUGAUUUUGUUUAUCCAUCAAUCUUGGAAAACGUAGACGCCCAUAACUAUUUCAGUGACCGGGCCAUACUUGCACCUAAAAAUGAAGUUGUUCAUGAGAUUAAUGACAGGUUGCUAGCAAUGUUUCCUGGUGAAGAAAAAGAGUAUCUUAGCUUUGACAGUCUUUGUCCGUCUGAAGAUGUAAAUUCUACACAACAAAGACUUUACUCUCCGGAUGUGCUCAAUGGUCUUAAAAUAUCUGGCCUACCAAAUCAUAGGUUAGUCCUGAAAGUUGGUGUUCCAGUGAUGUUAUUAAGAAAUAUUGAUCAACGGAAUGGAUUGUGCAACGGUACAAGGCUACAAGUAAAAAAGCUGCACAACCGUGUAAUAGAAGCGGAGAUAAUAUCUGGUUCAAAUAUUGGUACUUGCACAUAUAUCCCUCGAUUAAACUUGAUACCUUCUGAUAAAAAGAUUCCUUUUUCUUUUCAAAGAAGGCAAUUUCCACUGGCCGUAUGUUUUGCAAUGACCAUUAACAAAAGUCAAGGCCAAUCUCUUUCAAGAGUAGGUUUGUACCUCAAACAACCGGUCUUCUCUCAUGGUCAGUUGUAUGUUGCCUUAUCAAUGGUGAAAACAAGAAAUGGUGUCAAGAUACUCAUACUUGACAACAAUGGAAAACCUACGGAUAAAACAACUAAUGUGGUGUAUAAAGAGAUAUUCAACGAAUUGUGA